AUGGCCGACGAUCUACUCAGCUACGCUCCGCCCGAGUUCGAGCAGGCCCUUCGCGGUCUACCGCGCGUGGGCAACCUCACCUCGCAGAUCGCUACGGACGGGGCGUUCGUGAUGGCACACUACAUAGUUGCUGCUCUCGACAACUAUUCGGCAGACUGGACUGAUUACACCAGGGCGUCGAGCCCGUAUCUUCCUACGACUCCCUCGCGCAGCACUUUUGACGCUCCCGAUGCUCACGUUCCGCCCUAUCUCCGCUCCCCUGCGGAUAACCCCUAUCGCCUCAUACACGACGAGCGUCUCCUCGCUGCUGUAAAGACCGCAAUUCCGUCGGUCCCCAAUGUCUACGAUCGACCGUCUGGGAGCUUGCCCGAGAUGGGCGUCUGGUCGUGCCCCGAGUGCGACUACAUCGUCGACCCGCUGGACUUGUCCAUCAAACAGCGAGCUCUUAUCGCGUCAUAUCUGGGAGUCGGGUCUGAUUCGGGCAUUUCUGUUGCGGCGGACGGACGCGUUGGACUGGACCGAGAGAACCCCUGGCAAUUCAUGCGCUCCGUCGACUGUCUCGGUUGGAGCCACUACGCGGAACACCUGCGCACUCAUUGUGUUCGGUUGUGGUUCCCCAACCCUUCGUCUACGUACCAGGGUGCGCCCGGCAUGUGGUGGGAUCAAGACCGGUUGAACGCGCAAGUCAAUCUCCGUCCUCUACGUCAAGAAAUCGAAGACGCGGAGCGCACGGAUCAAUACAGGUUUCGCAUGUGGAAGGCGGGUAAGAUGCUGUCCUUCGCGGACAAAGGUCUCCACGCAGCACGCUUUCAUCUGACAAGCUGGCGCCGGGGCGCCGUCAGCGCUCGCGAUGACCUUGUCCGUGGGAUGUUUGGUGCAGGGCGUACUAUCAUUGACACUGGACGCGCACUCGUGGCGCACGUCGAUGCGGAAGCCGUCGAUGCUACGCGGUUGGCGUGGCAAGGUGCUCGCGAUGAAUGUCGAUCGCUCAAACGAGAAUGGCGGCUGCGGAAGCAGCGCUGGGCGCGCAUGUAUCUAGGACCUUAA